AUGGAUCCCAUCACCAGCUCCGUGUCUGCUCUCCACACGACCUACCAACUCAUUCUCUUCAGUGUCGACGUUGACCAAGUCACAUCUCAAACAUGCCAUCGAGAUCUUCAACAUCUGAUCGAAAUCCGGAACGAAUGCCUGCACUUGCUUGAAAAGACGCCCAUCGUACUCAACCGCGUAAACGAAAUCAUCGCCGCCGCAGACAAAGGCCUCAUCGAGGUGUGCCAGAUUGUCGAGAAGUGCCGACCUGACGCCAAUAACGGCAAGGUUCCCUUCAAGAACCGUGUUGGAUGGGUCUUGUUUGAUUCGAGAGAGUUCAGAGCACAGGAACCUGUGAUCAGCAGACACCAUGCAGCGGUGUUGUCGGAGCUGAACUUCUUGAGGCAAACGGCGCUUCUCGCACCGCAGCUACAACAACAGAAGCCGGCUAUCACCACCGAGAUCAAGAAAGGAACUGAAAUUUUCGACAAUGUCGCUCUUCUCGGUGGCCUCAUGGGAGAAAUGGCGUUCUCAGGUAUGGCUAGCCGCAACCGUUUUCCCAAGUUAUGCUUGCUUGCUGGCAAUGCUUCCAUGAUCAUCUAA